CACAAUGUCUCUCGCCCGUCUUGGAGGAGCGCUCUCGCGCGCAAAGUACUCGUCCCGGCCGCAAUGGCAGGCAGCCCGGGCCCUCUCCAGCGCCGCCGCACGCAACGCCAGAGCCGAUAAUGAGCUCAAUUCGGUCUCCCGGCACAUCACACAGCCCAAGUCGCAGGGCGCCUCGCAGGCCAUGCUCUACGCGACCGGCAUGGACGAGGCCGACAUGAACAAGGCCCAGGUCGGCAUCAGCUCGGUCUGGUACUCUGGCAACCCGUGCAACAUGCACCUGAUGGACCUCAACCACAAGGUCAAGGAGGGCGUCGAGCGCGCAGGCCUGCUGGGCAUGCAGUUCAACACAAUCGGCGUUAGUGACGGUAUCUCCAUGGGCACCAAGGGCAUGCGCUACUCGCUGCAGUCGCGCGAGAUUAUUGCCGACUCCAUCGAGACAGUCAUGGGCGGUCAGUGGUACGACGCCAACAUCUCCAUCCCCGGCUGCGACAAGAACAUGCCCGGUGUGAUCAUGGCCAUGGGCCGCGUCAACCGCCCCUCGCUGAUGGUCUACGGCGGCACCAUCCAGCCCGGCUGCGCGAAGACGCUCGACAACCAGAGCAUCGACAUCGUCUCCGCCUUCCAGGCCUAUGGCCAGUUCAUCACCGGCGAGAUCACAGAGGACCAGCGGUUCGACGUCAUCCGCCACGCCUGCAACGGCCAGGGCGCAUGUGGUGGCAUGUACACAGCAAACACAAUGGCCACCGCCAUCGAGACAAUGGGCAUGUCGCUCCCCGGCUCGUCCUCGAACCCCGCCAACUCCAAGGCCAAGAUGCUCGAGUGUCUCGCGGCCGGAGGUGCCAUCAAGAACCUGCUGAAGGAGGACAUCCGCCCCUCUGACAUUCUCACCCGCCAGGCCUUCGAGAACGCCAUGGUCGUCAUCUCCAUCACCGGUGGCUCCACAAACGCCGUCCUGCACUUGAUCGCCAUCGCCGACAGCGUUGGGCUGAAACUCACCAUCGACGACUUCCAGAGCGUGUCCGACCGCACCCCCCUUCUCGCCGAUCUCAAGCCCUCGGGCAAGUACGUCAUGGCCGACAUCCACGACAUCGGCGGCACACCCUCUCUGCUCAAGUUUCUGCUCAGGGAGGGCCUGCUCGACGGCUCCCAAAUGACCGUCACAGGUCAAACACUCAAGCAGAACCUUGAGAAGGUCAAGGACUUCCCCUCCGACCAGAAGAUCAUCCGCCCGCUCUCCGAACCCCUCAAGUCCACCGGUCACCUGCAGAUCCUCCGCGGUUCGCUCGCACCCGGCGGCUGCGUAGGCAAGAUCACCGGCAAGGAGGGCACAGUGUUCACGGGCAAGGCGAAGUGCUACGAAGCCGAGGACGAUUUCAUCAGCGCCCUCGAGCGCGGCGAGAUCAAGAAGGGCGAGAAGACUGUCGUUGUCAUCCGGUACGAAGGACCCAAGGGUGGCCCUGGUAUGCCUGAGAUGCUGAAGCCCUCGUCUGCCAUUAUGGGGGCGGGUCUGGGCAAGGACGUCGCGCUCAUCACAGAUGGCCGUUUCUCUGGUGGCUCGCACGGUUUCUUGAUCGGCCACAUUGUGCCCGAGGCACAGGAGGGUGGACCCAUCGGUCUCGUCCGCGACGGUGAUGAGAUUACGAUCGACUCCGAGAAGAACGAACUCAACGUCGAUGUCAGUGAGGCUGAGAUGGCGGAGAGGAGAAAGAGCUGGACAGCGCCGUCGCUGAAGUACAGCAAGGGCACACUCUUCAAGUACGCCAGGUUUGUCAAGGACGCAUCGCACGGAUGUGUCACCGACUCUGCGUAAGAGCCUAUCGAAGUGUCUUGUCUCAUUUUCUUGAUUUGUACCCAUAUACUGUCAUACCUACAGCAAAAGUGGAUUUGGACCAAGGCUCAGCACCGUCUUCUUUCCACGGGGGCUUUUCCUGCUCAUGAAUACGAUCAAAACAUGUCAAAACACCUGUGUCUCGUUUCUUCUGCGCCUCGUUUCUUCUGCGCUUAUUUCCGAGGCUCGUGUCGUUCAUCAAGCGGUUGUGGCCAUGCGCUUCUCACUUCCGGAUUGUCACCGACCAUCUCCUCCCCAACUAGUCGAGCCGACUCACAAAGUCACCAGG